GUUAUCAUUGUCAAGGCAACGAGUGGAGUUUAUAUAUGCUGUUUGCAUCACAUUAUGUCCUCAACAGGUCGGCAGGGAUUCACGACUCAGUUAUCCACCCCUAUGUUGCUCAGUGGUGCAAUGUACGAACAUCGGCUGAUCAAGUUCGUCCAAUCAGAAUACCAGAUAUAGACCCCCGUGAUAUCAAGCCUGGUACCCAAUUCUCUAUGGCUGCGGGGAACUUUCUAGAAGUGUAUACAGAGAAGGAUCAUUGGGAUUGUGUUGCUACAUGUUUCUUCAUAGAUACGGCACACAAUGUCAUUGAGUACAUCGAACACAUCUUUAAUAUACUGAAACCAGGGGGAUACUGGAUUAACUUAGGUCCGUUGUUGUACCAUUUUUCUGGCAUGCCUAACGAAAUGUCCAUAGACCUCAGUUACGAAGAUAUUAAAAGAAUUAUAACAAAGGACUUCAAAUUUGAGCUUUUGAAGGAGCAAACGAAAGUUUCUUCAGGUUACGUGGAGAACUGUCAAUCAAUGCUGAAGAUGAACUACGAGAGUGUUUUCUUCGUUGUAAGAAAACCCUUAUGAACAAUCAAAAAUAACAUGAUGAUCAAACACAUAUAAUUAUUUAAUAUUAUUCUGUUAUUAAAAACAAUUAUUGUACAUGUAAAUAAAGUUUUGGA